CGGAGUAGAGUCUAGUCUAGUGACGGGUGUGUGGGCAGCAGGCAGCAGUGUGCGGGGAGCUACGUGUACGGAGCCGGGGAGACGGUGCCAUAUGCUGCAUAGUGUACAGGAGACUGGUAGCUGUGCCACCCCCUAUAUACACAUACAUACAGAGAUUCUCCUUGGCGCCCCUUGCCCAGUCCGCGCAUGAAUCUCCUGGACCCCUUCAUGAAGAUGACAGAAGAGCAAGAGAAGUGCCUGUCCGGGGCCCCCAGCCCCUCCAUGUCCGAGGACUCUGCGGGCUCCCCCUGCCCCUCCGGCUCGAGCUCGGACACGGAGAACACCAGACCGCAGGAGAACACCUUCCCCAAGGGGGACCCGGACAUGAAGAAGGAGACGGAGGACGAGAAGUUCCCCGUGUGCAUCAGAGAGGCGGUCAGCCAGGUGCUGAAGGGAUAUGACUGGACGCUGGUGCCCAUGCCCGUGCGGGUGAACGGAUCCAGCAAGAGCAAGCCGCACGUCAAGCGGCCGAUGAACGCGUUCAUGGUGUGGGCGCAGGCGGCGCGGAGAAAGCUGGCGGACCAGUACCCGCACCUGCACAACGCCGAGCUCAGCAAGACCCUGGGCAAGCUGUGGAGGCUUCUGAAUGAGAGUGAAAAGCGCCCUUUUGUGGAGGAAGCUGAGAGACUGAGAAUUCAGCACAAGAAAGAUCACCCAGAUUAUAAGUACCAGCCACGCCGGAGAAAGUCAGUGAAGAACGGCCAGUCUGAGCAGGAGGAUGGCUCUGAGCAGACCCACAUCUCACCAAAUGCAAUCUUCAAAGCUCUGCAGGCUGACUCUCCGCACUCUGCCUCCAGUAUGAGUGAAGUCCACUCCCCAGGGGAACACUCAGGUCAGUCCCAGGGUCCACCAACUCCACCAACUACUCCUAAAACAGAUGUGCAGCCUGGGAAGCCAGAUCUUAAACGUGAAGGUCGCCCCCUACAGGAGAGCGGCCGCCAACCCCCUCACAUUGAUUUCCGUGAUGUGGAUAUCGGAGAGCUAAGCAGUGAGGUGAUCUCCAACAUUGAAACCUUUGAUGUCAAUGAGUUUGACCAAUACCUGCCACCCAACGGCCAUCCAGGAGUCGCCUCCACGCAGGUGACUUACACAGGCAGUUAUGGCAUCAGCAAUACAAACAGCGCCGCCGCAGGUGCUGGACACACUUGGAUGCCCAAGCAACAGCCUCAACAGCAGCCGCAACAGCCCCAGCAACAGCACACAUUGUCAACUCUAAGCAGUGAGCAGAGCCAGUCCCAGCAGAGGACACACAUCAAAACCGAGCAGCUUAGCCCAAGUCAUUACAGUGAGCAGCAGCAGCAGCACUCUCCACAGCAGCUCAAUUACAGCUCCUUCAACCUCCAACACUACAGCUCUUCAUAUCCUACCAUCACACGCUCACAGUACGACUACACCGAGCACCAGGGCUCUAAUUCCUACUACAGUCAUGCCGCUGGCCAGAGCUCAAGCCUGUACUCAACAUUCAGCUACAUGAACCCAAGCCAGCGUCCCAUGUACACUCCCAUUGCAGACACGACGGGGGUCCCAUCUAUUCCCCAGACACACAGUCCACAACACUGGGAGCAACCUGUCUACACACAGCUAACCAGGCCAUAGAGAAACAACUAUAGGCUAAUGACUUUCAAUAGACUGUUCAUAAUCCACCACAAGUCAAGUAGUGCCCAUGACAUAUGUGAGGCUGAUCGCCCUCUGCUGGAAGCCGGCAAGAAUGGGUACAAUGCUUCUAAAUAGUAAAUUCUUGCCACCUGUAUACACAGAUGAAGAAAGAAGAUACUUUAGAUACCAGCGACUUGAUUCUUGAAGAGACUUUGUAAUUAUUUAUCCUCUGUGAGGACUAGUCUCAAUCUGAUAUAUUUUAGUAUGUACUGUGUAUGUUCUAUUUCCUUUAUAUGGGAGUUUAUACAUUUAUAUUUUAGAAAAAGACACAUUGUAAGAAUUUUUCCUACAACUGCUCAGCUAGUCUUACAUUCAUCUUUUAAUGCAAUUGAAAAAAUAUUUUUGUAAAAAAAAUAAAACGUUUAGCCUUAUACAAUGUUUGUUUAACUAUUGAGCAGUACGUUUUUAGCCAUAAUUCAGCCAGACAGUUGGGUUAUAAUUGGAUUUACUGUUGUGAGUUGCCUUGACGUAGGAAUUGUAUUUCAACAUUUAUUCCCAAGUGCCAAUAACUAAAAAUUCUGGUCUAAGAUAAUUCACAUGUUGCCUAAAACAGUUUGUGCCAACCUAGACACAAGUGCCCUCUGCAAAUUUUAAUGAUCACCAGCAACCAACUGGUUGGUUUGAAAUUUUGCCUUUUGCAGAUUUUGCAACAGAUGUCACAUUCUUAAAUUAUUUAUUUUAUAAUAAAAUAAUAUUGAAAACAAAAUGCUACAUUAAGACUCCCAAACUUUUAAAAUGUCUUUUGUACAAAAAAGAUAUAUAUUAGCAUGCUGCUGAUUCCAUCUUUUGGAAAAUACGCUUUUUGUUAAAUUAUGGAUUUUAUUUGAUAUUUCCAGCUUCUUUUGUGUUGUAAAUUCCUCCUUUUUGUCUAAUUGCAAACAUAUCAGAUGCUCUAAUCUGCAUAAAAAUAGCAAAGCAUUUAUUGAGUUACAUUUUCCAAUUAAUUCCCUGAGCAAUUUUUAUUUUUCAAUUCUGUUAAGGUUUUAAGAACUGUGAUAACACUAAACAAGUUUUGUAAUUCUUCAAACAUGGAAACAGCCAUGUAUGUUUAAACCGUUUUUUUUUCCCAUUAUCAUCUAGAAAAUUGAUGCACAGAAAAAUUAGUCUAGUCACAAUACAGUAAUAACUAUUUUGACAAAAAAUGCAGUUUGACUUUGGCAAAUGAUUUUUAACUUUUGCUAAAAAAAGAUGAAAAUUUUGUUUGCAAAAUGUAAUUUUAUUUGUAAAUGCGAUUUCAUAGAGCACUCCACAAAGAAUGUCUUCAUUACAAAAAGCAGGCCUUAAAAAAAUUAUUUUAAGUUAAAUAAGAGUGUACAACACUGACUUUGGAAGUCUGUGUAUCAUUUUGUUCAUUAUUUUUUGUGCAAUUUUUGUUUUUUCUAUUUUCUGUCUUUUUGUGAAACUUAUCCUUUUAUGUAUUAUGGUUUUGCAAUAAAUAUAAUACAAUGUACUAAA